AUGGCAUUCACCUGUGUUGGAGUAGAAGAACACCAUGCUGUUGACAUUGACCUGUAUCACUGUCCCAACUGUGCUCUUCUACAUGGCUCCUCCUUGAUGAAAAAGAGGAGGAAUUGGCACAGGCACGACUACACAGAAAUUGAUGAUGGUUCCAAACCAGUACAAGCUGGAACCAGGACUUUCGUCAAAGAGUUACGUGCUCGAGUCUUCCCAAGUGCCGAUGAAAUCAUUGUGAAAAUGCAUGGCAGCCAGCUUACACAAAGAUACCUGGAGAAACACGGAUUUGAUGCUCCUAUCAUGGUCCCUAAAUUAGAUGACCUAGGACUCAGGCUCCCUCCUCCUGCUUUUUCUGUGAUGGAUGUGGAACAUUAUGUAGGUGGUGACAAAGUGAUAGACGUCAUUGAUGUGGCAAGGCAGGCAGACAGCAAGAUGACACUUCACAAUUAUGUUAAAUACUUCAUGAAUCCUAACAGACCAAAAGUGUUAAAUGUGAUCAGCCUUGAAUUUUCAGAUACAAAAAUGUCUGAGUUGGUGGAGGUCCCUGAUAUAGCCAGAAAACUUUCCUGGGUGGAAAACUAUUGGCCAGAUGAUUCAGUCUUUCCCAAGCCAUUUGUUCAAAAAUACUGCUUAAUGGGUGUUCAAGACAGCUACACAGAUUUCCAUAUUGACUUCGGUGGAACGUCAGUCUGGUACCACGUCCUCUGGGGUGAGAAGAUUUUUUAUUUGAUAAAGCCAACAAAUGAAAAUUUGGCACUCUAUGAAUCUUGGAGUUCAUCUGUGACCCAGAGUGAGGUAUUCUUUGGAGAUAAAGUGGAUAAAUGCUACAAAUGUGUGGUAAAGCAGGGACAUACCUUAUUUGUUCCUACAGGAUGGAUUCAUGCCGUGCUCACUUCUCAGGACUGUAUGGCUUUUGGGGGGAACUUUCUGCACAACCUUAAUAUUGGCAUGCAGCUCAGGUGUUACGAGAUGGAGAAGAGGCUAAAAACACCAGAUCUUUUUAAAUUCCCUUUUUUUGAAGCCAUAUGUUGGUUUGUAGCCAAAAAUUUGCUGGAAACCCUGAAAGAACUGAGAGAAGAUGGUUUCCAGCCUCAGACUUACCUAGUACAGGGGGUGAAAGCACUGCAUACUGCUUUAAAAUUAUGGAUGAAAAAAGAACUCGUAUCUGAACAUGCCUUUGAAAUUCCAGACAAUGUUAGACCUGGACAUCUUAUUAAGGAACUUUCUAAAGUAAUUCGAGCAAUAGAGGAAGAAAAUGGCAAACCAGUUAAAUCUCAGGGAACUCCUACUGUGUGUCCAGUUUCACGGUCCUCAAUCGAAGCAACUUCUCCAUAUCAUUCCCGACGGAAGAUGAGGAAGCUCCGGGAUCACAGUGUCCGAACCCCUUCCAACCUGGACAUUCUGGAGCUCCACACAAGGGAAGUCCUCAAGAGACUGGAGAUGUGCCCGUGGGAAGAGGACAUGUCAAGCUCAAAAUUGAAUGGAAAAUUCAACAAACAUCUCCAACCAUCUUCCACGGUGCCUGAAUGGAGAGCAAAAGAUAAUGAUCUGCGAUUAUUGCUGACGAAUGGAAGAAUAAUUAAAGAUGAGAGGCAGCCCUUUGCAGAUCAGAGUCUCUAUACAGCAGACAGCGAGAAUGAAGAAGAUAAGAGAAGGACAAAAAAAGCAAACAUGAAGACAGAAGCAAGUUCAGGAAUAGAAGGGAUGGAAAGUGAAGAACCUCAGAAACCACUCAACAGGCUUUUUACAAGUGUGAAGUCAGAACUCAGGAAUCGAUCCUCAGAAUAUUCUGAUAUUUCUGAUUCAGAAGACUCUGGACCUGAUUGCACUGCACUGAAAAUUAAUUUUACCACUGAAGAAUCUGAAAGUUCAGGUGAUGAAAAGAAACGAGAAGUAACGUCAAACUUCAAGGAGGAAUCUAAUGUGAUGAAGAACUUCCUUCAGAAGAGCCAGAAGCCAUCUAGAAAUGAAAUUCCAGUUAAAAGGGAGUGUCCUACCUCCACGAGCACAGAGGAAGAAGCUAUUCAGGGCAUGCUGUCCAUGGCAGGAUUGCACUAUUCCACAUGUUUACAAAGGCAAAUACAAAGCACAGACUGCAGUGGUGCAAGGAACUCUCCCGAGGACCCCAGCAGCUACCACAGCAGUAACCAUGAGGUUAGGCAGUCGUAUCGCUAUGAUAAACCAGUGGAAUGUGGAUAUCAUGUCAAGACUGAAGAUCAAGACUUGAGGACUUCUUGGAUUAAACAAAUUGAUAGAACUUCCAGAUUUAAUCCUCAGGAUCUAAGCAGAAGCCAGAAAUGCAACAAAAAGGAAGGUUCAUCAGAAACAAGUCAAAAGGUGCAAAGUAGAAACUGUAUGGACAGCAGUGUCACAGGCCUUCUGAGUGGAAAGUACACACAGAAUUCCAGCAUGGUUGCGGGCAUGUGCCAGAUAAACAGCUGCAGCUUGAGCCCAGAGAGGCCAGCUGGAGAAUCCUCCUUUUCAGUGCCCCUUCACCCCACCAAGAGACCUGCAUCAAAUCCACCACCUAUCAGCAACCAGGCAACAAAAGGCAAACGUCCAAAAAAAGGAAUGGCGACAGCCAAACAGCGUCUUGGGAAGAUCCUUAAGUUGAACAGAAAUGGCCAUGCACGCUUCUUUGUGUGACGGAGCUAUCAUGGCAGCCGCGCCUCCCUUUGGAGCAGUCUGGGGCAGAAGCCUGGAGUUUCUGCGCCCCCCUGCCUGGAGCAGUGGCGUGUACAGUAAGAACACUGCCCGAAGAGCAGAGCAACCAUGAUGCUGCGUCUUCACUGUGCCACACCCACUCAGCAAUAACCCUUUGGACCUGGUGGGGAGAGGGAGGAGGAGGGUAGAACCUUAAAUAGAGACCUUGAACUGGAAUGGGUCUCUUGUCAGGGCUUGAAUUUCAUUUUGUUGUUGGUAGUGUCUUGAUUUAUUUUCAGUAGUAGGGUAAAGAAUUAUCAAUAAUUUAUUUAACAGAUUUUUUUUAAAAAGUUAACAGCUUUUAAAUUCUUUCUUUUUUAAAGCUAUUUAUUUGGAAGAUUUCUGGAGAAAUAUCUCACUAAUUUAGAUUUAAGAAUGUGAAGGUUUUUAAAUUAUUUUUGAUAGUGUGUGUGUUACAUGUGGGGAAGAGCCACGGUAACAGUAACUAGUCUGGACUCUUAAAUUUGAUAUUCAGGUUAAAGUCUUAAACAGGGAUUUGAUGCAUUAAUUAUUUUAAAUUAAGAUGUAUAUGAAAAUCAUUUUAUUUUAUAUAUUUCAUGUGUUUUUUUAUAAGCUAUUAGCUUCGCUUUUGCUAACAUCCAAGGUGCAUACUGUUAUCCAGGUUGAUUCUCUUAUAUCCCCCUUCCUUCUGCGCCCCUCAUUUUGUGAUGACCCGACAAGACUCUUCUCUUUGCAGGGAAACACGUGCAUAGCCAAUGUGUAGGAGCUCCAUAAAAGAUCCCUCACCCCUCAUUUCCUUUGACAUUGUGGUUUUCUUCUAAAUAUAAGGAAAUAGGCUUCUUGCAUUUUCAUUUCUGCUGAUGAUAUCUGGGUCCCAAAGAGAACAGCUUUAAUAUCUUCUUCCUACUUGUGGGGAAAGUAUUAUAAGUUUGGUUAAAUGUCAUGUUUGUAGUUUUUUCAAGUACAUUGUAAUACAGAGGGCCUUCUUCAUACCGCUGGUGUUAGAGGACAGGGCCAGCACCUGCUGCAAGGGUUGUAUCUUUUGAUGUUUUUAUUCACUAAACCUAAUCUGUUGAGAAGUAUGAUUUGAUUUAGGAUAUUCAAAUCCGCAUAAUAAGCCGUAAUAUAAUAGAAUUAUACUACAUUAAGUUGUAUAGAAGCAAGCAUGUUGGAAUAGAUCCUAUAUGUGUGUGUGUGUUUACUUUUUUUUGUCUUAAAAUUUUAAGGAAUUAUUUCACGUAAGGAUUUGGAGUAAAAUAGGUGCUUUUUGCAGUUACUUCUGUCUGUCUUAACUUGGCCAGUGCAUAUUGAGGGUAACUGUCUGGUUAAACUUAAGGUAAUUUUCUCUCCUUUAUACACAAUUUUUACUAAGUGUCAGUUUUUGGUUGCUUCUAAGAGUUUGUUUGUUUGUUUUUCUGGUACUGGGAAUCGAACUCAGGACCUUGCACUUGUGAGGCAGGCACGGUGCCACUGAGCUAAAUCCCUGGCUGGCCCUGCUUAUAAGACUUUCUGUCUUCUCUUUUUGCUCUCAGGAUAUAAAAGUAAAUGAUUGCUGAGAACUAUUCCCAAGUCUGACAAUAUAGCAUUUUACGAAUGCCUACCAAGACAAUAUAGACAAAUAGGAUGAAAUUUACUUUUAUGAAAAAGAAAUAUGGCCAUAUAAUGAAUUUGUCCUUUUUUUUUAAUCUUGGAAUUUUCCUUCUGUAUUAAGUAUCACUUAAAUUGCUAAGAAAAAAGAGUCUAUACCAUCCUCUUUCAUGGUUGUAUUCAAAUGUUUAUUUCCAAAGAGGAAUAUUUCUUACUCUGUCUCCAUUCUGGUGUUUCAUGGGAUAACAAUGAAAGAGCUAAUGAAAUAGUCUUUUUGGCCCAAAAGUCUGAAUCUUAUUUGAGUGUCAGGAAGAAUUUUUGUGGAAAUCCUCAGUAUCUCUGAACAGCUUGCUUAAACCCUAUCUACGUGAUGCUAUAACUAAUAGAGAGAUGGGAUGGGCACAUUCAGCCACUGGCUGGAUCUCAAGGUGCAGAUAUCUGGGUUUGACUGAUUCUCUGACCUUCCCACACAGUGCAUCACUGUGAUGUCUUGGUUUUCUGUAGACCCUAUUCUAGUGGGUCUACAGUGAUCUGUAGUGGGUUUAAGAAAUAAGAACUUUAAUUUCUUUUUCUAGUGGCAUGAUCUGGAUUUUUUCCCUUACAUUACAUUUUUCACACAACUUUUAAGUAUUUUUAAUUUUUUCUUAGUUAUAAAAUUAAAACGAUUUAUUUUUAUGAAUUAAAAUUGUGGCUAUUAUCCAUUUUGUGUCCUUAGGCUGAUAAAAUACUAAUUUAGAGUAUACAAUAUGUGGAAUUUUAAAGAGAAAGUACUGUGGAUUCAUUUUUGAAAGUUUUAGCCAAUUAACUAGCUAAGUUACAAAACUUUCAGGAAGGUAAUACAACCACGAUGAGAAAAUAUAUGUAUCUUUUUCUGAAUUGGGAAAAAUUCAACCAUUGAUUCAGUGGCUUCUAAUCAAACCUCUUAUAAAGGUACCGGCUGAGAUGUCUCUCUUUAUCUCAUGGAAUCAGCUGGACUUCAGUAACUACUGCCAGUAAUGGGCUCAGCUAUAACAUACAAUCUUUUGUCCUUCCCUCCGUCUCACUUACAAACUGUAUACCACAUCUUAGGAAGACAGCAGUAGUAGCAUUUACCUAGUCAUAAGCAAAUACAAGUACAUAAAAUUGAGAAACAAUGAUUUAAUGUAUAUGACUUUAAUAGUAAUAGUAAUUUUCCUAUUGAUUCAAAUAAGUGACUCAACUUGGGAUCCUUUGUACUGUAAUUAACAACAUCACACAAUAUUAUGCUCCCCAGUAUUGAUGAAUGAUGUAAACAAUAUAAAGUUGGCAGUUUAUAAUAGUUUAGUAUCCUAAAAAUGCAUUGAAUUUCAUAAGCACCACUUCAUUUUUUUUUUUGGUACUGGGGAUGGAACUCAGACCCUUGCGCUUAUGAGGCAGGUGGCGGAACCACUGAGUUAAACCCCUGGCCUGCCAGUUCAUUUUUGAAGCAUAAAAAAUUGAACAUUCUGACUGAAACCAUAACUCAGAGAGGAGACAAGCCUGUCUUUAUCAGUAAUUACUUAGCUCGAAUGCUGUUCUAAUUUUUUAAAUAAUCCUAAUGAUUGCCUUUUUAAGAUAUUCUACUGUCUUUAUUCAUGAGACAGCAGGGACUUAACAAACAUCUACUGUGUACCCAGCACUAUGUAGUACUGUAGUUGCAGUUCUUGUCUCUGCCUGUGAAAGGCUUCUCCAGGAAAUUAGCAGUAUUUAUUUUCACUUCUAAGCCAACUUCAGCAGAAGAGAUCCUAUUUAUAAAAAACAGCAUAACUUCUAUUAGUUUCAGCUGAGAUGCACUGCUGUAGAAAUAGAUAUUAAAAAGAUUUAAGUCUUUAAAUUUUAAGAAACCUUUUAUUUAGUAACUUAAUGUCAGUGACAUGAGGAUACACAUUAGCAUGGAAGGAAGCAAAAGACCCAAGUUUUGGUCCAAGUUCUACUGUUCAUGUGUCAGUUGUGUGACCUGUAUGUAACUUAGGUCGCUUAUUUUUCCUGAAUCUUAGUUUCCUUAUUUUUAGGUUUGGAUGAAACUGCUUCUUUUACUAUCCAGUGGAGAAAAAUAUAGAAAAGCAUUUCUUAAUUAUUAAUACUUCAUAGUUACAUGAAUUUAUCAUUAAAACCAAUAAUGCACCUUUAUAUACAUUUUAAGUGAAAACUGCUAUUAUUCAUAACACUUAUUUCAUAUCAAAUAUAUAUGCUGGGCAUGCUACAUAAAAAAAUCUGAAGGAUCUCUAACAAGGUGCUGAAUUGAAGUCAGAUUGCAUACUUGAAGUAAAAGAAGUGAGCUAGUUUAUAGUGAGUGGGAAUGUUCAUCCUCAGAUCCAUGAAGAUGAUUCAGAGUAACUAAAAGAUGCCUUUAGGUUUUCUCAAAGAGAAAUUAGGAUGGCACUGCUACCCAGAUUUGGCAUACUCUUCAGGUCCUAGAUACAGAUGAAGUAGUCAUGUGAUUAGAAUGAUUUAGUAGCCACCCACGGGACUGGGGAAGAAAUAAAGUGGUCAGGAAAAUGGGACUCCACAGAGACAGCUCUGAGCUGGUGACAGAAGCUGAGCUAGAGAGAACUCACUGGAGCAGUAAGGGAGAAUCAGUUGGAUGUCUCCCACAGAUGCUUGUGACAGUGACAAGACUGCUCCCUGAGAAUGACCUCCCACAGCUGCUGGAAGUGAGUGUUCUAGUGGUGAGUGUAGUUUUCACACGAAGAGACAGGGCCUUCAUAAUGUAAAUCUCAAGAUUUUUAAGUUUGUCUUUUGCAUUAAAUGUUAACUGAGUCACUCCCUGUGUAAAGAGAGGCUCUUGCCUAGAAGGUGGAGGCCCUGGGUCUGAUCCCCAGCAUGGGGCAGGAUGGAGCGGGUGGAGCGUCAGUCCUUUCUUGAUGAGCUACUUCAUCAAAAGCAGUCUCAAGACUGGGGUGUCACAACCUUCACCCUAGGGAAAGCUGGUGAAUAAAGUGUAAGACAAAUAGGGCAGGGAUUUGCCUGAGGACACAGUGGACCAGGACCUCUCAUAACCUUGCUUCCUAAGACAGCCCCAGUUGCAUGAUGCUGCAGUCUCUGCCUGUCUUGUGGCAGACAUAUCCAUGUGCUUCCUUGAAGGUAGGUGCAAAGGGGCAGCAUUCCUACACUCACUCAAUCAUUGCUGAACAUAAUGUAAUCUUAAUACUAUAUAGCCUUACUGAAAACUCUUCCCUUAGUUUUUCGGUGAUGAUACUGUAACUAAAAUACUUGAUAUGCUUUACAUAAAUACUUUUUAACAGUUAUUAUCCUUAAGAAGCAAAAGCCUGUUUCCAAAGCAGUUAGCUUAUUGUGAUUGACUGGUUUUAUUCUUCUGUAGUCAUCUCUCCCUCUCUACUGGGGAAGAGAAAAUGAUAGUCCCUUGGGAUACCCUUAAACUCUCCCCCUCACCUUGGUGCCCCUCUAGUGUCUUAAGGCUUUGACUAAACAAGUGCAGCCUUAGUUUUUGUUAAAACCUUUUCAAAACUAUUCAGUGAUUCUUCCAACAAGCUUAUCUGCUCUGCACUAUUUCACUAAUAAACCCUGGCUACCACGUAGCCCUUGACCUCCAAGUAGUUUACCUAUGCAAGACCCAUGACAGUCUGAAUUCACUCUGCUUUAUUUCAGAAAGCAGUCAUACAUAGAACUCUAUCACAGAAAACUUGUUUUCCGCUAGUUUUAUUUUGGUCAUUUCCUUUUCAAUGUGUCAGCUCUUUUCCCCCAAGAUUUUUCACCAAAACCAUGAUCAUAAGUGCUAGAAUAUAUAAUACUUUGCAGGAAUAAAAUAACCCAGACAUAUUCAUAUUUCUUUAGUGGAUUUUGGUUGGUAAAAAUUACCAGCAUUAAAUAUAAAUAUAAGGACUUGAUUCCUUGCCUAGAGUCAUUUCUUCCCUCUAAGAUUCAUAAGUAACUUUUUAUUUUUACAAAGCGUACAUGCAACUUCCACAUUAUAGUCAGGGACCUAAGGUGUAACUUGCUAAGUGAACCCCAAGGUUAUUUUAUCUUGCAAAAGAAACCUAAGCCAAACUAAGGGCCUUACAGUUUAUGGUUAGACUGAAUCAAAAGCUAUAACCUCAAUUUUUCCAAAAACAGCUUCUGACUGCAAAAGCAAGUCAUGCAGUUGUUACGUAUGAAAUAGCACUGAUCAGGAAAUGCAUGUGCAUCUUCGCACACUGCAUUUCCCUCAGAAAAGACUUUUCUACUUUUAAUAUAAAUUAAGCCAUAACAGUUUCAUGCUGUGGAAAGAGGGUGAAAAGGUUCAUGUUAAGAGAUUAUAUAAUAUGAAUUUUCACAUUACUGUGAAACGUCUGACUUUACCAGUGCUUCAGCAAGUUUUCUUUUGGGCGAUGUUGGAGGGUGGUGAUGGGGAGGGUUAGUAUUGGUUUUAGGGGUUUUAACUGUGAAAUUUGAAAAGGGGACAGUUGUUGGCUAUGGUAUUUACUAGUUUUGUAGUAACGUUUUGCUAGCCUGACUGACUUUCCUUACUGGUUUUUAUGCCCACGGUCCCAGGUGACUGUUGCCUUCUCGUUGGGGGUGUCUGCGGGGUAGUGUCUCGUCUAUGUGUAGGUCGCCAGUGUGUGUGCACAGCGUGUCCUUGGAGUACAGAAGCACACAGUGUGGCAGUGGGACGGGGUAUGGCUGGGGAGUGGGAUGCAGAAGCUUUAAGAGCAUUUUUUUUCUAAUUCAUGACAGUAUUUCCCAUCUUUUGCCUGCAGGCAGGGAAAAUGUACAGUAUUUAUUUUGUUUCUGUUUUACUCUCAAUUUGUAAGUCUUUAAGUAGCUUACAUUGAUUAUUAUAGGGGAAGACAAGUGACUUGUUUAAAGUUGUAUUUAGUAUUCUUUUC